AUGUCUAAAGAGGUGUAAGGCUUGUUGAAGACGUAUUUGUAGGUCGAAAAGGAGGCUCAAUAGAUUAAAGAUAAAUAAAUAAAGUUAGCUAAACGAAUUCCUGAAAUAGGUCCUCAUCCUUAAAAGUAAUCAUAAAACAAAGUUAAGGAGUAAGUUUCAGCUCUGAAAUAAAAGAGAAUUCAAUUAGAAAAGGAAUCCCAUAAAAUAUCUUAAGAACAUGAUUAUAUGUAACAAAUCCUUUAAAAUGAAUUAAAGAAAUAAUUAGCUCCUCCUCAAAAGCAUAAUGAUAUAUUAUUAAAUCUAGAAAAAGUAGCACAAGAAACUUAAUUCACAUAUCUCAAAUUCAGAACAGAGAAGUUUGUAUAAAAAUUGGGGAAGAUCUUUUCUAUUUUUUCAAUCAAGCAGGAAUUUCUUCAUAAAUUAAAGAAGCAUCAAUAGAAAUCCUAAGAAGAUUUGCAUCAAUACAUAGAAUUCAGAAAUUUCCAAUUACAAAAGAAGGCCUUUAAUUGCUGGACCCUUUAUUUUAAAUAAAUAAAGGAAGAGAGAAGAUUGAAGGAAGAAUAACAAUAGAAGAAAUACGAAAUGGGAUAGAAUCAAUUGGCUUUGGAAUUCAAUAACUUUUGUUUAACAAAUAAAUGCUUCAAAGCUCUUAAGUAAUAUGUUAAGAUGAAUAAAUUAACUAAAUAAUUUGAGACAGAUUAAAAUUAAAUCAAAGUUAAAGUCAAUAAUUUCUUGAAUCAAAUGCAAAGGCAGAUAUCUGAUGCUUUAGAAAAAGAGAAGGAGGAAAUUUAAUUGAUUAAAUAAUCAAAUUUGAUAAACGAUGAAGAAUUGACAAUUUCAAAUUCCUAAUAAUCAAUAUAAUCAGAGAGAGAAGAGUAAAUUGAUCUCAAUUAAGAAGAAAUUCUUUAGUCUUAUGAAAAUGAAUUUUUAUAAUAGUCAAAUGAAGAAUAAAUGUAAUUAACAAUAAAACCUAUACAACAACCUGAAAUAUAAUAAAUUAAUCAGAAGAAAUAAAACGAGAAAUAAAUAAUUGAAUAAUAGGAGGUAAUUAAUGGAAAAUAAAAAACUCCAAUCAUUAAGGAAAGUUAUCAACCUCCUUUACCAAUAAAUCCUUGGAAAUAGAAGUAGACCACAUCAAUUUAAAAUAUGGUUGAAGAUAAUGAAUAAUCAAUAUAGAAGCAAAAUAGUCCUCAAAAUAUGUCAUAAUAAAGUUUUUCAAGAUAAAGAUCUGUUGAUAAAAAGAGUACUUACAAUAAGGAAUUAGAAGAAAAGGCAAAAAAAAGAAAGGAAAUGAAUGAAGUCAUUAAGAAGAAGCAUGAAGAUAAAAAGAAAUAGAAAGAAAUAGAAAAAUAAUAAUAGGAAUAAUAAAGAUAGUUGGAGAUAAAAAAGCAAAAGGAGGAGGAAUACAACAGAAUUCAGGAAAAAAAGAAGAGAGAAUUAGAACAAAAAUAAAAAAUGGAACAAGAGAAAUUUGAACUUGAAUAUAAAACUGAAAUUGCAAUAAGACAUUAUGAAAAAAGUUUACAAAAAUAUCAAAUAUUCAUACCUAUUUUGAAAUUGCAUCAACAAUAUCAAAAUAAUUAGUAGAGAGCAGAAAAUCAUUACGAAAAUAAUUUAAAAUAAAGCCUUUUUCUUAUCUUAAAAAAGAUUAAAUAAAUAUGUGAGGAUUAAAGAGAAUAUGAAGAAUAAAUUAGGAUCAAUAUAUCUAAUAAUCAUUAUGAAAGAAAUUUAAAACUAAAAGCUAUUUUCAGUCUAAAAUCACUUCAGAAAAAUUAAAAAGACAAACUAAAGGAUGCUUUAUAGAUUAGAGAAAAGUAUAUUAAAAGACAUAUUAUGACUGCUUGGUAUAUUUAAUUGCCAGAAUUGAGAGCUGAGAAUGUAAAACUUGAAAGAGCUUCAGAGAGAUUAGUUAAUGAUUUUAGAAGAGCUAUACUUUAGAAACAAUUUUUUAAUCAAUGGAAAACUGUGGCUAGGGAAAAUAUUGCUUAAAGAAUACGAGAGUAGAACAAAUAGGAAAUGUGGCAAAAAGUAAAUUAAUGGCUUUAAGAAUUUGAUGAUGAAAAGAUUGAAUGA